AUGGAUCAUCUUCCCACCCCCAAAAACGCCGUUAGCAAUGAGAGGACAAUUGUACCUUACGUCUGCCUAAAAGGUUACGAUGGCGGAUCAUUUCUGACAUAUCCCAUUAGAGAAGGCGUCACUCAUGCAUUGCCGUCAGAUGGGAACGUUCCUGGUGGCUCCCCGUACAGGCAGCAUGAACGGGUAUAUCCAACACCGAAGCAAGAGCAAGAGGACUUCCUCCAGAUAUGGCUGUUUUUUGGACUGAUUCACGAGAUAUUGGGCGACCGCUACCGGCCUGAGGACCUCAUAUCUACCAUCGAAACCGAUGAUGGCCGAAAUCCCACUGUCUCGACCUUAGGACUUGUUGAAGCACUCGAUAAGUGGAUUUCUGACAUCCACGCCGGCUUCGUCAACCCUCGUCACACCUACGAGCACAUUGCAGAAUGCCUGCGCCUGGCUUUUGCUACGAUCCAUGGGGCCGGUCCAGACUUUGAUCCGCGGAUCAAAUUUUCACUUGCUUCGCUGGGAGAAUUGUUCACGCUUGCUACAAAUGAAGCUUACAACGUGACGACCAAUAAAUGUCCGAGCGCGUUUGGUCGACUUAUAGAUCUGGAAUACGCCUAUUGGAAAGCUCCGAUGCUAUCAACUGGGUGGUGCCCAAGUCAGUUGAGAGUAAAUGUCGAGAAUCAUUGGUACCUACAAACUAUGCACUUUCUUACGUUCCUCGGCCAGCCAGCAUCGGACGGGUUUCAUCGAAGGUGCAGCAAUGAUCGAUGCUUAGCCUACCAGAACGAUCUGGCUACAUAUCAGACGAAACAUCUCACUGGCUGUAAAUGCGAGUAUAUCUCGAUUGACACUAAGCGCUUAACUGAAAUCUUGGAAAGCGGAUCUUUGCCUCUAUUGCGCAUCCAGGAAAGCCAUACAUUGAACGAACUUUCAAUCGAAUUAGUGCCAUCACAGUCAACGACUCGCUACAUUGCCUUAUCCCAUGUCUGGGCAGAUGGAUUGGGAAACCCCUACGAGAACGCACUACCUCGGUGCCAAUUAGGUUUCUUGCAUCAAACCAUCAACAAAUACUAUGCAAAGUUGUACCCUCAGGCAGUCGAGGAAAUCUUGCUUUGGUGUGACACUCUUUGCUGCCCAGUAGAACCGGGAGAGGCGAAGAACAUAGCUUUAGCACAGAUGAAAAAGACCUAUCUAGAGGCAACCCGCGUCCUUGUUCUCGACGCAUCAUUGCGAAUGUAUGAUUUCAACUCAAUGGAAGCCGACGAGGCUUGUAUAAGGAUCCUCAACUCAGGGUGGACUCGUCGACUUUGGACUUUACAAGAAGGCGCACUUCCAGCAAAGAGUUUUCGACUAUCGUUCUUGUUCAAAGACGAAGCAAUCAACAUAAACUAUCUCGUACAUAAGAUGUAUCAGAUCCUCGGAUCAAGCGUUGGCAGAAAAGGACUUGCCAGUAACAUUAUCACCCAAAUAUUGAAAUUCGCGAGGAUCCCUAAUGAAGUUGACGGCAAUCGAUGGGAUCUUGGGGCCGUUGAGACUGGUCUCCAACACCGCUCUGUCAGUGUUCCUUCAGAUGAGCCGCUACUUAUCGCACACCUUCUGGACCUGGAUGUAGCCUAUGUACUCAAUGGCCCAUGUCCAUUAGCGAAUUGCGCGAACUUUGGCUGUGACCAUUCUCGAACCCAUCGCAUGUGGUUUUUAAUGCCUACCGCAUUCCGAGGUAUACCCAAAAACGUUCUCCUCCGCGUGGGCCCCAGGUUGAGUGAACCUGGCUUUAGAUGGGCCCCAUCGACACUGUUGUACAAUGGCCCUCGAAACCACGCCUUAUAUCCUCGGACAAUAACUAGGAACGAAGAUACACCUACCACUGGUGGUCCCAUGUUUGGGACUCAGGCUGUCAUGUUCUCUACGCUACUACAUCUAUUCGCUGUGCUCGUGUCGAAUCUUUUGAAUCCUCUUGCACGUUCCUUCUACUGCAUACGAGGCCGCUUGGAGACGUUUUGCUGGAUACCCGCGAUAUCACGGACUCUCAAGCGUACGAAUUUAGUAACAGAGAACGCAAGCUGGGGCGUACCUACCAAUCGUGGCCUCUUAGUUCGCUUUACCGGCUACAGCUUUUCGAUGGCGCAUUGCCCACCGGGCAUACCCCCUAACGAUUGGAAUACGAUUGAGCAAGGUUCGGUUUACUCGCGUGGCGUUGAUGGAACAUGGUACCACAUUACUCGUAGCCUUCCCGCGGAACACGAUCCUUUCCUCUCCACCAAAUCGCUCAAUGCGAUCAUUCAGGAGGAGAGCAACCUUUGGAUCACGCACGUGGAGUCGGCCUUCAAUAAGCCUCAACUCGUAGCCGAAGCAAAGAAUGAGCAACAGGUUACACAUGGACUUCUGGUCCAGCUGCUAUCUGACGAAGAAGACAUCAAAUAUGUCCAAACUAAGCUACAUGUCAGAAUUGGAGUCGAACGAAAGACUACGCGAAACUUGCUCGAAGCAGCCUACCAGUCUGCUCGUCAGGUUUCCCGGAAUUCAUCCGCGAAAGGAUUAGGAGCAAAGUCUGAUGGCGAACAAAAUCAAGUCAAUGACGUUAAUUGGCCCCAGCACAGUCUGAUUCUGGAAGGUCUCAAGCAAGAGAUACAACGAGUCGCGGUCCUAAAUGCGAGUCAGGAUGUGACCGCUGCUGCCGAAGUCUACUUGCCAAAUGGCAUGAUGCUGUUCCAGGCCCUGAUCGGUAUGAUGGUUGUGGGCGGGUAUGGCUGCCUGGGUCCAAGAACAGCGGACGAGCAACAGUGGUGCUUCGAUUGA